CCGUGGCGCCUAUCAGUGUUUGUGCAAGCGUGGCUAUUACUCGGUACGUCAUCCGGAUGGUUUUAAUGGAACUAUAAUGGAAAUAGCCUGGAAGGAACAUCAGGAUAACAUUAGCAAUUAUUAUGCAGAUGUGUUUACGUGCUUAAAAUGCGCUCCAGGUUGUGAUGCCUGUAGCGGUCCGGAACCCUGUUUAGCCGAUUACAACUGGCCGUUUAGAAUAUCGCUGCUAACCAUAUCGAUAGGCUGUGCGAUUGGUACGAUUUUAUUAGCCGGCUAUCUUUUUCAUCAUCGCAAAGUUAAAGUAUUCAAAGUAGCCAGUCCUAUAUUUUUAUUAAUCACUCUGAUUGGUUGCGCGAUCAUGUACUUGGAG